AUGAAAAAAAAUAGUAUGAUGUUGUAACAUAUUUAUAUUUCUUUAUAAAAUUUAUUAGUGUAUUUAUUUUAAAUUAGUACCAACAUGUUAGAAGAUGACGAUGUUGAGAUUAUACAUUCUACUAACACCAUCGACAAUCAAUAUGAACAAUAUUAGAACCCUUAGUUCAUACAGAACUUGAAAAUGCAAAAUCAAAAACUCUUAUCAAGUAACAAGUCACUUGAAAGUGAAGCGUAAUAAUACAAAGGCUUAUUGGAAUAAACCAUUGAAACACUUAGACAAUCUUAAAAAGAUGAAAACAUCUUAAAACUCUAACUGUCUCAAAGACAAGGUAUUAUACAACUCCAUUAAACGAAUUCUAAUGAACCACAAAAUGCUGCUGAUAUUGCCCCUUUAAUAAAACUCAAAGAUAGCAAUUCCAAUAAAGACUCUUUGGGUAACAAAUAUACUAAUGUAUCCUCUAAUUAUGGCUAUAUGAAUUCCUCUUUAGGUUCGCCACACACAGAUCCCUAUGAAAUGUUUAUUUCCUAAGCGCAAAUCCUUCAUCAAAGCAUAAAAAAAGUUUAGGCCCUUUUUAAACAAAGUGAAUCAACAACAUCACAUGAACUAUCGAAGCUUAUUUAGGAAUUUGAAGAGAAUGUUAAUUAGUUUGCAGCAAUCAACGAUCAAUUCAUGUUUGAGAUCCAUAGAACCAUUGUGGAUUAGAAUGAAUAAAAAAAAGAACUAGAUGAAUAAUCCAUAUCUUCUGACAACUUACACUCAUAACAAGGAUAAUAUUCUUAAAUCUUUAAGGAAGAUUUGGAUACCAGCCAAUUUGAGAAUGAAGUUCAAAUUAAAUAGUAAUUCGAAUACUUCGAACUUUCCUUGGCCAAGGUUACAGAAGAGGAGAAGAAACAGUGGAAAGAAUAAUUACUAUAAUUAAUUAAUACACUUUGAAUAUAUAUAUAUAUUUUUAAGAGUGAAAAGUAUGAACUAGACUAUUUUGGUAUCAUUUA